AUGGCGCGAAGCAGCAGGAUGGCGCGGAUCUCUGAAGCUUCAAUAAAAUUCUCCCCGUGCCACCGCCGCCGCGAGUUCACGGCCACGCCACCGCCGCCGCCGCCGGCCAGAGAAAUGGCGGCCCUGCACCUCCCGCUCCGCGCCAUCCUCUCCAGCCCGCAUCCUCCCACCCGGCGCCUGCUGCUGCCGCUGCACGCCCACCUCCUCGUCUCCGGCCGCCUCGCCGCCGCCGCCCUCACGUCGCUCGUCUCCCUCUACGCGCGCGUCCCGGCCCUCCACCCCGUCCUCCCGCUCCUCCUCACCCCGGCCUCCCCGCUGCCCUGCUUCAACGCCGCGCUCUCCCUGCCGCACCCGCUCGCGCUCACCGUCUUCCGCCGCCUCCGCCUCGCUCACUCCCCCGACCCGUUCUCCUUCCCCCCGCUCGUCGCCUCCGCCCCGUCCCCGCACCACCUCCUCGCCAUCCACGCGCUCGCGCUCCGCUGCGGCCUCGCCCACGGCCUCUUCUGCGCCAGCGCCCUGCUCCGCUCCUACCUCAGCUUCGGACUCGCCGACCACGCGCACCGCCUGUUCGACGAAUUGCCCCACCGGGACGUCGUGGUCUGGAACACGAUGCUCAACGGGUUCGCGAAGCUUGGCUGCUUCCACCGCGCCAUGGAGUGCUUCCUGCGAAUGAGAUCAGACGGCACGGCGGAUAUCAGCAGUUUCACCGUCACCGGGAUCCUGUCGGUAUGCACCGCGACGGCGGAUUUCCAGCGCGGUACCGCAGUUCACGGGAUGGUGAUCAAGUCUGGAUUCGACCACGAUGUCUCGGUGGGCAACUCCUUGGUAGAUCUUUACGGAAAGUCCCACAAGGUGGCCGAUGCAGCAACGGUGUUCGAGGGGAUGGCAGAGCAGGACAGGGACCUGUUCAGCUGGAACUCGAUGCUCUCGGCACUGCACUACUCAGCUGACCAUGUGGGGACAAUGAGGCUGUUCGCACGGAUGAGGCGUGCCGCGGUAUGGCCCGACGCAGUGACGGUUGCGGCUGUUCUCCCUGCGUGUGCACAGACUGCGGCGCUGAAGGUUGGGAGGGAGGUGCAUGGGUACAUCGUGUCGAGCGGGCUGGCUUGUGACGGUGCGCUGAGCGUGUUUGCCUGUAACGCGCUUCUUGACAUGUAUGCCAAGAGCGGGGCGCUGGACGAGGCGUGCCGUGUGUUUGGCUGGAUGCGCCAGCAUGACGUGGCAUCGUGGAACAUUAUGAUCGAUGGGUAUGCUUCCCAUGGGCGUGGGCACGAAGCGCUGGAGUUGUUCUGCCAGAUGACAGAGGUGGAAGGGCUCGUGCCGGAUGAGGUAACGCUCCUAGCGGCAUUGUCGGCUUGCAGCCACUCUGGGCUUGUUGACGAAGGGAGGCGUUUUCUUAAGGGGAUGAAAGAGGAGUUCGGUUUGGAACCGCAGCUGGAGCACUACGCAUGUGUGGCUGACAUGCUUGGGCGUGCUGGGAGGCUGGACGACGCGAGAAAGGUUAUAGAGGAAGCAGGGGCUGUAGGGGCUGGUGCAUGGAGAACAUACCUUGCAGCAUGCCGGAUGCAUGGUGAUAAAGAGAGGGCCCAAGAUGCAGCUAGGAUGCUGAUGACGACAGAGGAGUCUGGGAGCGGUGGAUGGGUGCUGCUAGCAAACACACAUGGUUGGGAUGGAAACUUCGAGGAGCUGCAGGAGGUAAGGGGGGAGAUGAGACGGCGAGGUGUGCAGAAGGCUGCACCGGGCUGCAGCUGGGUUGAAGUGGGUGGAGGUAACGGCGGGAGUGGAACAGUGGUGCAUGCUUUUGUUAGCGGGGAUAAGGCACAUCCUGAGGCUGACAUGAUCUACGAAAUGCUGCAUACCUUGAUAAGUUGGAUGAGGGAUUGCAGUGAUUCGAGUAUCAGAACCCCAUUUUAUUCAAUUGAAUGCUCAUAA